AUGGCGGGGAAGAAAGAGACGAGGCACAAUGAGAAUGAACAUGAGAAAGCCCAAAAUGGAAGUGGGAAUAAUGAUCAUGAUGAUCAGACUGAAAAUUUGAACAGCCACAUACGCCAAGAAACUGAUCAAGAAGAUGAAAGCACUUGUGCUGCUGAAAUGAAGAGCAAGAAGAAGAAUGAGUUACUGCAGUUCCGUCUCAAGGUCGAGGACGCGAUUAUUGGGAAUUAUCUUCUUGGCAAACCGGGCAGGAAUCCUUCAGCUACGCAAGCAAACUCGAAGACAAAAGAACAGCCAAGAGAUGUUACCAUUUGGGGUGUGCCUUUAUUGCCAAGUAAAGGUCAUGCAGGGACCGAUUUUGUGCUCUUGAAAUUCUUGAGAGCCAGAGAUUUCAAGGUUCAGGACGCUUUUGAGAUGCUCCGUAAGACGCUUCGAUGGCGGAAGGAAUUCAAGAUUGAUGGAAUACUUGAAGAGAAGUUGGGUUCUGACCUCGAAAAUAUUACUUACUUCAAAAGCAGAGACAGGGAGGGCCACCCUUUGUGUUACGUUAUGUAUGGAGCUCUCCAGGACAAGGAAUUGUGCAAGAAAGCGUUUGGGACGGAAGAGAAGUGCAGGAAGUUUCUGAGGUGGAACAUGAAAAACAUGGAGAAGGGAAUCAAGAAGCUGUCCUUCAGCAACGGAGGCCGUGCGGACUCCAUUGUGUAUAUCGUAGAUUUAAAGAAUUUUCAAGGACCAGGAAUGGAAGAGGUUCGUUCUAUUAACAAGAAAUUCAUGAUGCUGAUUGCAGACUAUUAUCCUGAGAUCAUUCACAAAUUUAUUGUUAUAAACGUACCAUUUUGGUACUAUGCAUCCCAUUUGCUGCUUUUACGGUCCAUGAGUCGGAGAGACAAGAAAAAUUUCAUCUUUGCAAGUACAGCAAGAGUUCCAAAGACCCUUCUCAAGUUUAUAGCCCCAGAAAAUCUUCCAGUCGAAUAUGGUGGCCUCAAGAGAGAGAACGAUGAGGACUUCACUCCUGCAGAGAAGGCUUCAGAGCUUAUAAUUAGAGGAACUUCAAAUACGCAUAUCGAGUUUCCAGUCACUGAGGCCGGGGUGACAAUGGUGUGGGAUGUGACUGUAGUCAGAGGGGAUGUGUCCUACAAGGAGGAAUUCAUUCCAAACGAUGAAGGCUCGUACAAUAUCUUGGUCCAAAAUCGAAAGAAAAUGGGAGAGACUGUUAGAAACUCCUUCUACAUCAGUGAACCUGGCAGAAUUGUGAUAACCAUUGACAAUGACACCUUCAAGAAGAAGAGAGUCUUCUACAGAUCUAAAACCAAACCCACGAAUAUCCCUAGCUAUGUACGACUUCUCGAGUAGGAUCUAGCUAGCUUCCAUGCACAUCUGUUAUACAUGUCGACAUAUGUUCUUUCUGUGAACUGGGUUAAUGUAAAUUAAUAGAGGAAUUAAAAAUGUUA